AGAGGUCCAUCCGCGCAAAAAGAUGAAGGGAGAGAAAAAAUCUGGUACUACGUCAUCCCUCUGGUUUUAGACAUUUCUAGUACCGUCUAUUAUCACUACGAGUAGUGAACUUAAGCUUGAAGAUGAGGAACAGCCAAUAAACCAAAACAGAAACCCUUUUAUUUUGCAAGAUUAGCAUGGCCUUACGAAUGCCAGGACAGUUGUUGCUCAAGCCUCCCAAUUGUCUGCUACCUGUAGGAAGAGUUAGUGUGAUAGUUAGAACAAGAAAAGCUAAUAAUUCAUUGUUUUCAAACUUGUGUUUUUAUGGAGUGAACCCCAGGUUGUGCAUAAGGGCCUGCAAUGAUGGAGGGGGUGAAAUUUAUGUUAACCCUCAGCAUUCUUCUUCACCUGCUGAUGUUGAUAUGUUAAAGGAUAGCUCUGGUGAUGGUUACAUUGCGUUGUUUGUUCGGAUGCUUGGCUUGGACCAUGACCCUCUGGAUAGAGAAGAGGCAGUAAUUGCUCUCUGGAAGUAUUCGCUUGGAGGGAAGCAGUGUGUUGAUAUGAUAAUGCAGUUUCGAGGUUCUGUUAAUCUGACUGUGAACCUUUUAAGGUCUGAGUCCGAUGCUGCUUGCGAAGCAGCUGCUGGUCUUUUGAGGAUGAUAUCCUCAGUCAAUAUUUAUAGAGAUCUUGUUGCAGAUAGUGGUGCAAUAGAAGAGAUAAACGGCCUCCUCAGACGUUCUUCCCUCUCCCCAAAUGUGAUCGAGCAGAGCUUAUGUACGUUAUGGAAUUUAUCUGUGGAUGAGAAACUCAGAAACAAAAUUGCCAAGUCUGAUCUCCUGCCUUUACUAAUAAAGUUCCUGGAGGAUGAAGAAGUGAGAGUGAAGGAGGCAGCUGGAGGGGUUUUGGCAAAUUUGGCAUUGACUGCUUCUAAUCACAAGAAUAUGAUUGAAGCAGGUGUCAUUCCAAAAAUGGCAAUGCUCUUGAAAACUGAGGUGGAGGGAUCUCAGGUCAUUAAAAAGGAAGCGAGAAAUGCGUUGCUGGAACUUGCUAAAGAUGAGUACAACAAGAUUCUCAUCAUGGAGGAAGGUCUUCUCCUGGUCCCUUUAGUUGGUGCAGCUGCUUACAAGUCCUUCAGACCAGCUCUGUAUUCGUGGCCUUCUUUGCCUGAUGGUACCAAAAUUGAACAGAACCCAAAACCUUCAAGAUAUGGUGCCUCUGAAUUACUUCUUGGAUUAAAUAUUGAGGAUAAUAAUGCGAACAUUGAGGAAGAAAAGAUGAAGGCAAUGGUAGGACGCACUCGACAGCAAUUUCUUGCACGUAUUGGGGCAAUAGAAACUGAAGAAGAGAAUAAAUCCCGUGGUGAACUCUCUUCAAAUCCAAGGUUUACUCUUUUGCCGUGGAUGGAUGGCAUGGCUCGCUUGGUUUUGAUUCUUGGACUUGAAGAUGAGUCAGCAAUUGCUAGAGCUGCAGAUGCCAUUGCAGAUGUGUCUAUUAACGAACAUAUGCGGGUUUCUUUUAAAGAAGCAGGUGCUAUAAACCCUCUUGUUCGGCUAAUUAACCAUCCCAGUGACACUGUUAAAUUAGCUGUUAUUCGAGCUCUAGAGAGACUGUCUAUCAGUAAUGACGUUUGCCAAAGGAUGGAAGCAGAAAAUGCUUUGUACUCAUUGAUUUCCUUGCUCAGUAACUCAGAGAUCUCUAAGAGCUUGACAAGAAUGAUAUUGGACGUUCUUACUCGGAUCCUAGAUCCGAGCAAAGAAAUGAAAUCAAAGUUUUAUGAUGGACCAGUUAAUGGGUCAAUGAAGGCAUGGAGUGCAGCAAGAAAUGCAGGGUUGAUGGGAAAUGAAAACGCGAAAGUUGCAUCAACUACCAGUUGGGAAACUGCCAAUGUGGGGGAUCUCUUAGAUUCUACUGUUCUAUCUCGCCUAGUUGAUAUCAUGAGGACAUCAUCCCCGGAUUUGCAGAGGAAAGCUGCUUCUAUCCUUGAGUUUGCUGCAGUUAUUGAGCCAUGCACGGAAAAGAUCCUGUCCAUUGACCUAGAAGCUGGUCUAGAUGCUGUUUUCCAGCUGAAAGCUUUAAAUGGCUCCAGAUGUCCAGUCCCGGGCGUGCGGGGAGGGGGGAUGUUGGAGUCCCACAUCGGUGGGUUAAAGGGUACAUGGUUUUCUUAUAUGGUCUUGGGCAAUCCUCUCCUCAUGAGUUGAGUCCACAUUCAAGGGUCAAAGAGUUCUAGAAAACGUUCUUGAUGGGAAAAAAAUGUGAACGAGGGAUCCCACUGAAUUGGAUUGGAUCCAUGAAUCAAGGGUCAAGCAGUGUGUACAACGGCAAGCCAUUCAGCAUUUUCAAAUUGCAACAAAUUGAUCCAAACUGAUGUGUACUAUAUUUACAAGAUUCUAACAGUGAGAAAAUGUCUAACCUCCCAAAACUGCUAAGCAUGUACCAAGUUUUUGAUAAUAAUGGUGCGCCUUUUGUAUUCAUUGCUUUAAUGUUCUGUAGAAUAUUUCUCUUCUGUUCUGUGGAAAUGCUCAAUCUUAACCACCACAGGUAAAUUUUUGUAACUGAGUAAACCUGUAGACUUACAGAUGACUCGAAAAUUCUUACAUAUGUUACCAGUUCACUCUUUUCCUCAGGUUCUCGCUGAAACUAGAAGAUAAACUCGCUAGUCAGUGAUCUACAUUAUAAGACGUGACAUUUGUGGGCCAGGGUGUUCCAUUCUAGGGCUGCAGAAACUUACAUGAGUCUCGAGUGUUUUCUUUAGGUUUGUAUAGCAUAGACAGCAUUCUGGAGUAUAGUUCAAGUAGUUUCUACUAAUGAUUAUGCAAAUUUUGACACGUGAACAAUUUAAUAGCACUUUGUUGGGAGGGGAUCCCAUCUUUUGUUAUUUGGCUAAAGGAAGAAAACUUGAAGCAUGGUGGAUGACAUGAUGAAAUUUAGUUAUUUGUUCUUUGUUUACUUUGGUGGUGUGGAGAUCUUAUGCUAAAAUAUUAGUCUAUCAAAACUUGAGGAUAUUUACAUUAUAUUCUGUUGGU